AUGAGUACGUCGAUAGACGUCGACGAAAUCGACGAUCUUGAGCACAUGGUUAAGGUAAUGCUGUCUCUAGGUAUUUCGCUAAUAGGGCUGCAGACAUUGGACCAGAUGAAACAGAGGGUGAAAAAGGCGCUCAGAAUAUCAGAGGAGGCCUUUUCAGUGUUGACAGAGACCAGUGAAGAAGUCAAGAGAAGACAAAUACGCUUGCUAGAACUAUUCGAGAGCACAGAGGCCUGUCUGAAUAUGUUGAGUGACAAGGACUACGCACUUCUGGAGCUGGGAAUCACAAAUCUCAAGAACCAAUUGGCUGACCACAAAGAGAGCCUAGAGAGAGGAGAAGACGUUGUUCUCAUUGCAGGUGAAAGAGAUUGGAAAAAGAGCUUGUUGCUGAGUCUGAUUCUUGGGGAACAACUACCCCCUGACAACUUUCUUGGCACCUCUUCCAUCAUCUGCGAACUAAGAUAUGGAACAACCCACAAGCUUGUAGCGCACUUUAAAGACGCAGAUCCCGAAACAGGGCUUUAUUCAAAGACUAUCCAACUUAGCGAGAUGGCUGGGAACCCUCAACAANGUUAA